AUGCUCGAUAAAUAUAAGAAUUCAUUAAUGAGUUGUAGUGCAUUUAAAGAGAGUGGUGUAUUAAAGGGAUGGGGGGAGAGGCUUUUGAUAUAUGAUCUGAUGCAAUAGGUAAAGGAUUGAUAUAUACAGAGAUACUCAGGUAUAUUGAUGUCAAGGGUUAAACAUAAAAGUAGUUGUUAAUUCAAAAUUAUAUAAUCCAUCCAGUUGCUUUUCAUCAAGGGAAAUGGGCAAUAAAGCUCAAGACUCAAUAGGAAAUAGAACCUAAAGUGGUACGAUUUGGUUGGAAUAAUCAAUCAGAGGCAUUAUAGUGGUAUGAUUUUUUUAAUGGGAAAUACCUGGCAACAUAAAUAAAAAAAGAGAACCAAGAGAAAACAUUAUAGGAAUGGGAUUAAUUUAUGCCAGAAUCUGAGAGAGUGAUAAAUUAAGGAGUCCCUUUAAUGGCCAUAAAGCCAAGUUAAAUAUCUCGAAUGAGGUAGAUGAUUCCAUUACUGCCUUAAUUUUUAUAAGUAAAUAGUAAUAUAAAUAUAAGAAUGACAUUGAAAUAAUAUUGGAAAACACUCAUGAAAAUUUAUAAGGCUUUUCAGAUAUCCAUUCCUUUAAAGUGCUAUUUCAAUCUUAGAAAAAAUAACUUUAUUAAGAUCCAAAUGAUUCUUUACAUAUGAGAUUUUUUUUAAAAUCAGAAAUGCCUCCUGCAAGAAUUUUCGAUGUAAUGAUGAUGUUUUUUUGAUAUAUUAGGAAUUAUCUAUACACACAUUCGUUGAUAAUUGGAAUCCUUAAGUAUCUAUUUAUUAGGUUUACCCAACCAAAAAAGAUUGUGCAAUAAUCUUCACAGAAUUCGAUAUGGAUUAGAAGUUGUCCAAUAACCAAUUAAAAUAAAAUGAGUUUGUUUCACAAGAGAGCUUUUGUAAAUAGUCAAAGUCUCACUCUCUAAAUUCGAAUCAAAAAAUUAGAUUAAUUUACACCUAAAAGCAUUUUUAAAUAGAUGAAAACUCAUAUUGUAUUCUAAAGAAAUAUAUUGGGAAUGAAAUUCANAGUAUAACUGACUAUUUAAUUCUUAAUUUAAAUCAAGUUUCAAGUUGCUUCGAGAACUUUGAGAUAGUAGUUGAUGAUAUCUCCUUAUUUAAAGGUUACUUAAGUAAUUUAUUUUGAUAAAUAUUAGAUGCGAGAACAACAGAUAAAUUAGAAUAUAUUCUGAAUUACUCGAGAGAAUUUUCCAAUUUAUAAAAUAAGUAUAAAAUAUUGUCGUAUUUUAGUUAUUUUAAUAAAAUUGAAAUUCAAAGCUAAAUUAUUUUUUAGUUAUUAUUAUAGGCUUAUUCUUUAUUAUUCAAAUAUAGAGUCUUAACUAAUCAAUUAAAAACAAUUGGAACCUAGUUUGAAUUGCAUAAAUUAGUUGAUAAAUUAAAUGAAAUUGAAAAGCGAUCAACAUAAGAAUCCCUAUGUAUCUUAGAUAUUUUUAAAUCCGAGUAUAGGGUAUUAAAGAAUUGUAUAAUUUAAAUAUUAUAAAAAAGUAAUUGCUAUAAAAUGGAAGAUCUAAGACAAUUUGAAUAAGGCUCUUAAAGAAAUAUUAGGGUUAUUAAUUUUUAAUAAAUAAAAUUUUUGA